UCCAGUAGCUGCAGCUGAAUAAGAAGAAUACUGAAAACAAUUCUUCUGCAGAAAUAACUUAAAAGCUUACUGGGCUAAUAAAUCAGUUUGUUUUCAGGCUUAAGAGUUAAUUUAUUGGAAACGUAUAUAUAUAUAGAAUAACUUAUAAAAUGACGGAAGGCAGACAGAAGCUUUGGGUAAGACUGGCCUUAAUAUAUAUCAUCGUAUGUGAAGUUGGAGGAGGUUGCAUUAACUACGGUCACUCAUGUCUCGGAGGUCAUGGAAAAAGGGGAAUCAACGGCAUAUUUCACGAGACAGGUGAUCUGAAGAAGCUCAUUUCUCAACUACUGCAAAACGAUCGAACUAGUUUCAAGUACCCCGGAUUCAAUUCGAUUGGUCGUGCUGAGGGUCGACUGCCGCUGAAUAAUCUCUAUUCAAGUGCUAAAAAUAAACAACAAUACGACAGUCCACCAGAGUACAACUUUGCCUCUUCUUCCUCUGAAGAUCGCGACUACCCGAAAGAUGACCAUCAUCGGUUGAAUCCUAGAUAUCCAGGAGAAGACAGUGGAGCUGACGACCGUUUCUACUCCACCGACAGCCGUCUUUAUAACUUAAUAAUCAGUGCUGUAAGAGAUGUUAACUAGCUCUAAUACUGAUCAGUUUUAAUUGUUUACCACUAUACGUUGUCCUGGCUCUUGAAUUUACCGUAAAACUACACC